CACUGAUGGUUGGGGAAGGUCGGGCUGCCUGCAAUAAUCAAGCUAAACUGGGUCCUUUGUUAUAUGCAGAGAAAUCAGCUUCACGGUAGUUAAUCUUUUUUUCGAUGUGGGGAUCACCAGACCAUCUGGGAAACCUUUCCCACGCACUGUCUCUAUGUCCGGUGACUUUGGGAAGUCCUAAAGGACAACGGGGGAAUUCACCAAGGUUAGGUCGAGUGAGCCUCCCCACCACCCCGGAGCCAGCAUGGGACACAGCUUAACUCAUUUCUUGGAGGAACUUGCCAGUGUGUCCCCAAGAGCCUGGGUGGCAUAGUCUGUGCCCAACUGGUGCCUGAAGUCUACGGGGACUGCACUUCCUGUGCUCCGGACUUCCUCAUAGGGCUGCUGUCACUGUGACCAGAGAAAGAUAGUGGUGUCCUUGGCUCUGCACCUAGUGUUCCCACACUGCCUCCAAGAUGUCAGCUAAAGCCAUAGAGAGCGGGGGAGGAGAUGCCACUGACCCCUUCCGGCCGGAAUCCCCCUCUGAUGAGGAGGAUGAACCUUCCCAGUCAUCCGACCAGGCCUCUGAUGGUUCUCCUGGGAAGCCACCACAGGGGCCACCCCAGGGGCCAGAUGGAUCUGGCUCUGACCCCCAGAGACCCACCCAAGGAUGGAGGCAGCAAUUUCUCCCGUAAAGCAGACUUAGCGUUGGAACCAAACCCUUCUGACCACCCAAGAGCAAGCACAAUCUUUCUGAGCAAAUCUCAAACAGAUGUGCGGGAAAAGAGGAAGAGCAACCAUUUAAACCAUGUUCCUAUUAUUCAGAUGUUGGAAGUCUUAGACUUAGCAGAUCGCUAACUUUUUUCCCCUCCUGCUUUGCAUUUUGUCUUUUUGUCCUGCUUCCUGGAGAUUUCCUUGACUGUGCUCUAAUCCUUCUAUUGAAUAUAUUGUUUUGUCUACCUUAUUUUCAAUUUAUAGAGUUCUCUUAUAUCCUGUCAUUCUUUUUUUCACUGAUGCAAUUUCAAGUUUUCAUUUGCUCCUGAGUUUUUAUCACUCCCAUCAAUUCCUUCUUCCUGUUUUGUUUUGUUUUUUUCUAAAGCAUCCUUAUAUUUUAUUUUAUUUAUUUAUUCUUUGGCUGCAUUGGGUCUUGGUUUCUGCACGUGGGCUUUCUCUGGUUGCGGUGAGCUGGGCCUACUCUUUGUUGGGUGCGUGGGCUUCUCAUUGCAGUGGCUUCUCUUGUUGCGGAGCACAGGCUCUAGGGCGUGUGGGCUUCAGUAGUUGUGGCUCAUGGGCUCUAGAGCGCAGGCUCAGUAGUUGUGGCGCAUGGGCUCAGUUGCUCUGUGGUAUGUGGGAUCUUUCUGGGCCAGGGCUCGAACCCGUGUCCCCUGCAUUGGCAGGCGGAUUCUUAACCACUGCGCCACCAGGGAAGUCCCAUUCCUUCUUCCUGUUUUGAUCUCUUAUGUGUUGGGGGCUUCCCUCAAACGUGUGAUGGUCCUUGGCUGUCUGUUAAGAUCUGAUUGGAAGCAUCACUUGGACAACUCGUUAACCGAUGGGCCUCACUGCAAGGAUUUGGGGACCACGCCUCUGAACUCUGAGCCUGCCUUGGGUUCGGUAUCUCCAGGGCAGCUUACUAAAAAGUAUAACUCAUGCUCAACAAUAUUUCUAGAUGACAGCAUAGUCAGCCUGCCUAAUUUUAGAACCACACUAAAACGUAUGACCUUAGCAAUAUAUUACCACAUAAAGAACAGAGAUGCAGAUAGAUCCUUGGAUAUUUUUGAUGAGAGAUUACAUCCACUCACACGAGAAAAGAUUCCAGAGGAAUACUUCGAGCAUGAUCCUGAACACGAAUUCAUUUACAGAUUUGUUCAUACUGUUUUUAGUGCCGCACUGCUAACUGCUGACUGUGCAAUAGUAACUUUGAUUUACUUAGAAAGGCUUUUAAUUUAUGCUGAGAUCGACAUUUGCCCCACUAACUGGAAAAGAAUUGUUUUGGGAGCCAUUCUUCUUGCCUCCAAGCUUUGGGACGAUGACGCUGUACGGAAUGUGGACUACAGCCAGAUCCUCAAGGACGUUACAGUUGAGGACAUGAAUGAGAUGGAAAGGCACUUCCUGGAGCUACUUCAGUUUAAUAUUGAUGUUCCUGUCAGUGUGUAUGCCAAAUACUACUUUGACCUUCGCUCCUUAGCACAUGACAACAACCUGAAUGUUCUAUUCACUCCUCUUACCAAACAAAGAGCACAGAACUUAGAGGCCGUUUCCAGAUUGUGUGAUGACAAAUACAAAGACGUGUGUAGAGCUGCUAUGAGAAGGUCUUUCAGCGCUGAUCAUUUCAUUGGUAUUCGGAGCUCCAAUACCAUCCUCUCUUAAGGGAGAAGUGAGGGGUUGUAACAUCAUAAACCCCUCGAAACAAGGACUGGAGAAAUGUCACCUCUCCUGCUCAGAAACCAGCAAAGUUAGUAUUUUCACCUUAAAGAAAGACAUUGAAUUCAAGAGACUCAUGGACAAGCAAAGAUUAUGCUCAUAGGAAAGAACGGGACCUCGUCAAUGUAACACGCUCUUCUGUCCUUUUUAUUGUAAACAGAGUUACAAAAACCACUCCAAAGCUAAAAGCUCCCAAUCCACGCACAGAUAUCUGCUCCCAAUCCACUUACAGAUACCUGAUAGCUGUGAACUAUGUGAGGUUUUUUAAUUAAUAGUUUAAAUUUUUAGACUUUAAAGACACUAACUAUAUAACUUUUAUGUUUUUCUUACCUCAUUGUCCCAUACUGC